AUGGCAUCCCGCAUGAUCUUCAAGCCCUCCGCGGCCUUCCGCCCCGCCGCCGGCAUCUCCAUGACCAGCAGACAGGCCCUGGUGCAAAGGACCUUCACCAGCAGCUCGGCGACCUUGCGCCAGAAGGAAGACGCCGCCCCGGAGUCGUACGACCCAGAGAAGCACAAGCAGGACCUCCUCGCGAAGCAGAAGGAAGGCAAGGGCCACUGGAAGCCGGAGCUGGCAUCCAGCAGCGAGGAGUCGGUCAAGGCGGACCGCAACAACCACGAGGACAUCGAGAAGCUGCAGGAGCGCACCAAGAAGACCGCCGAGGAGACCCACAAGACCGGCACAAGCAUGCACGACGGACUGUGA